AUGCGCCGGGCUUACAAGACAUUUCCAUCGAUAGCUUCUAGAUGGGAACUGGUGCGCGGAUACGCCGACAGCCCCAAGCCAACUAUUGCUCCAGGUAUCAAAAAAAUUAAGGAUGCUAGGAUCCAUAUAACCAGCCAUAAACUAUGCGAUGAUGUCCUGGAAAGAUUAGCUCCGACCCUCCCUACAGACCGGCCCCUUGACAUUAUCGAUGUAUACCCGGGCGUGGGUAUCUGGUCCUCUCGUUUCCAUGACCAUAUCCGCCCACGAAGACACAUAUUACUAGAACCGAACUUCAAAACAUACCAAUCCUUUUUAAACCCUCUUCUAACGUCACCGGGAUCACGAUAUCUGCAUCUUCCAUGGGACCCGGUCGAGGACAGGACGUUCGCGAACCUUUAUGAUAAGGGGUAUCUCCCUGAACAGACAAAGCGGGAGAAAGGGUCUACAGAAGUGAACGACACGCUGCUAGUGUUGGCCAACAUGACACUUCUUCGAUCAGCUACAAAUAUACGGACCUUGGAUAUACGAAAAUAUAUCGAGUCAGUGCUGGAUCAAAGCUAUUUUCACCGAUAUGGAUUGGUGCGAAUUAUUGCAAUCUUUCCAACGUCGAAUGUAGACGCUAUCCUGCCUAAGUCCAUUAGUAGGCGACGGCGGACGCAGACGCUGCUGGAAUGCGUGGCUGCGGAUGUUAAGGAGGUGGCGGGAGAUACCAGCGAGACAGUACACUGGACACGAAGAGGAUUGGAGGUUCUAAAGCAUAGUGCAGAUAUGGUUGCAAAGCGGUUAAAGACUUCACCGGUUAAGGUGCCAGCUGGACGAGAGGCAAUCCCGUUGGAACUUGCUCCAGAGCCUGCUGUUGUAGAUGAGUCGAAGCCCCAUUUCCCCCGACCUAUUCACGACUGGCACAGGGAAUACUUGAAGGUUCAGGAAGAUUUGAAAACAGAAGAAGCCAGCGUUAAAGUCAAGAAGCCACUGCCUCCAAAAUUGAAGGAGCUACGGAAGCGUUUGAGGGCCUUGAAGAAACGCUAUGCAUACGAAAAUCGGCAGAUUCAAUCUGCUCAUGUGGCGGAUGAUAGGCAGAGCGGGAUUGACAGGAUAGAAUCCAAACUUCGAAGGGUGAUGAACGGCACUCUUCCUGUACCGACACAUGGAGCCGCGGGCAGAAUGAUUAAGAGGCUUGCGGCGUUGAAGGAGGAGCGCGACGUUAUCCUCUCUUCGUUAGGAAAACAAUAUCUCGAUCACCAUUACCCGGUAUAUGUGAACGAACGGCGUGUAAUGGCCAGUUCUUCAUUGAAUCCAUCUCCUAAACCGCUCUUACUUUGGGAUAAGCGCGCCUAUGAACCGCUACAUGUUAAUAAACACGAAUUCUUUCCCUAUAUACCUUGUUCAAUCGUCGAUAUCCAGCCGAACCCUAAUUCGCUAAUCCUCGAGGCCCAACGCAAGUUUAAAGCCUCAAACCAACCAUUCAAAUAUAUAUCAGCCUUAACUACAUAUCUUGCGCUACUGAGGACGUUCACCACCGCAUCCAAAAAAUCAGUGGAGCAGCUGCUACGGCAAGUGUUUGCAUCAAGGCCUAUAGCUGAAUUCCCAUCGGCAAUACCCUCGUUGGCCGAGUAUGCGACGCCGAAGAUCACACUGGAUGCCAAGGAGGCAGCUACAUGGAAGGAUGUGAAAACCAGCGAGGCGGGUGUGAUUGUAGGAUAUGAUACAGACUGUCUGGCAGAUGCCACAUUGCAGCGGCUCCCGAGCAAAGUGGUAUGGGAUAUUGCUGUUGAGUGGGAGAGGUGGCGAGCGGAGAAGAAUAUGCCGGAUACGUUAUCGAAAUCACUAGGCGGUGCAUUCGUCGAAGAUAUGAACGAGGCAUUCGGGAAACGGUGA